AUGUCGCUCCAUGCACCGCCAAAGAAAUCAACCCACACCAACCGCCUCUCAAAUGCUCUCCUCACGGCUCGCUCCAGCUUUUCCGCGGACACGACCUCGCCUAUCCGCCUCUCCUCGCGGGUCCUCACUUCCCUCCACACAACUAGCGCUUCACUCCUCAAGCAACUCCUGCGUCUGUCCAAACGCCCCGGCUCCGAAGACUACGACAUGAUCCACAUCCGCACAUCUCCCAAGACUACCCUCACAGACGACUACAAGCUCUCCGCCACCUACGACACCGUCCUCCCGCGGCAGCACUUCCACUUCGACAUAUACCGCUCCCUUCAGAAGCUCAACGCCGCGGAGGACGUCAUUCAAACAACUGGCUUCACCGUGAGUAGCUCCCUGCAGGAGAUCAAUCUCAUAUUCCUCCUCCUCCAUCUCCGCGGAGCAGCAGACAGCUAUGAGAUAAAGGACGAAGCUUCACACGAGCCGACGAUUGUCCGCACGAUGAAUGAAGAUCACAUCAUCCAAGCCUUCAAGAUGCUGACCUCGAACUUUACCAUGUUUCUCGUCCAUCGGCCGGAGGACGGGGGAAGGCAGAGACUUGCGCUCGUCAGAUUCGAGGAUAGGGUGGUUGGGAACAGGGAGCUGGAGGUUGCGACACAGGUGUGGUAUCAUCCGGAACUCGCCGAGGGACCGCUGUUUCCAGGAGAGCUCGAGAUGAAGAAGGUACCCAAUCGAAAGAUCAAGAGGACGGCACCGCGAAGCGGAGACGAGGGCCGUAAGAGGAAGCGGCAGAAGCAGGAGUAG